AUGACAAGCCACGUGAGCUUCUGGCGGGCCGCGGCAGUGCCGGGCUAUGCCAUGCUGGGUGACUGUGUGGCGGACGGCUUCGAUCCACCGGACACAGGCUUGCUGCUGCUGGACGACCUUGAAUCGGGGCGCGUGGCGGCGCCCCGCAGCUUCCUGCACAAGCUCACACUCGCGGCACCCGCCUGGCCCGACGAGGCCUCGGUGUGGUUUCCCUUGGCGCCGCCUGGCUACGUGGCGCUGGGGUGUGUGGUGACGCGCGGCCGUGAGGCCCCCUCUGCUGGGCUGGCCGUGCGCUGUGUGCGCGCUGACCUGCUGGCGCCCAAGGGCUUUGCCGGCCGGCCCGCGUGGACCGUCAGUUUGCCGCCCAAAGGGGAGUCUGUUGCCAGCUUCUGGCCCGUCAUGAACCAGGCGGGCACGUUUCUGGUGCACAGUGAUGCGCGGCGCCCGCCGCAGAGGAUGGGGUAUGGGCUGGCGGAACUGGAGAGGCGGGAGCGGCCCGACAACUUUGAUGCCAACCUGCGCACGCCCCGCGUCUCCCUCACCCUCUUCGACGACGUCUCCGGCGUCGUGAGCCCCUCUCUGCUGCUCCCUCAACCCCCUCAUCUCCCUCAACCCCCCUCAUCUCCCUCAACCCCCCUCAUCUCCCUCAACCCCUCUCAUCUCCCUCAACCCCCCUCAUCUCCCUCAACCCCCCUCAUCUCCCUCAACCCCUCUCAUCUCCCUCAACCCCUCUCAUCUCCCUCAACCCCCCUCAUCUCCCUCAACCCCCCUCAUCUCCCUCAACCCCCCUCAUCUCCCUCAACCCCCCUCAUCUCCCUCAACCCCUCUCAUCUCCCUCAACCCCCCUCAUCUCCCUCAACCCCCCUCAUCUCCCUCAACCCCCCUCAUCUCCCUCAACCCCCCUCAUCUCCCUCAACCCCUCUCAUCUCCCUCAACCCCUCUCAUCUCCCUCAACCCCCCUCAUCUCCCUCAACCCCCCUCAUCUCCCUCAACCCCCCUCAACCCCCCUCAUCUCCCUCAACCCCCCUCAUCUCCCUCAACCCCCCUCAUCUCCCUCACCCCCCCUCAUCUCCCUCAACCCCCCUCAUCUCCCUCAACCCCCCUCAUCUCCCUCAACCCCCCUCAUCUCCCUCAACCCCCCUCAUCUCCCUCACCCCCCCUCAUCUCCCUCACCCCCCCUCAUCUCCCUCAACCCCCCUCAUCUCCCUCAACCCCCCUCAUCUCCCUCAACCCCCCUCAUCUCCCUCAACCCCCCUCAUCUCCCUCAACCCCCCUCAUCUCCCUCAACCCCCCUCAUCUCCCUCAACCCCCCUCAUCUCCCUCAACCCCCCUCAUCUCCCUCAACCCCCCUCAUCUCCCUCAACCCCCCUCAUCUCCCUCAACCCCCCUCAUCUCCCUCAACCCCCCUCAUCUCCCUCAACUCCUCUCAUCUCCCUCAACCCCUCUCAUCUCCCUCAACCCCCUCUCAUCUCCCUCAACCCCUCUCAUCUCCCCUGCCCACCUUGGCCCUCCCUCACCGUCCCUGCCCCUCCCUGCCCCCCUUUGGCCUUCCCUGAUCCCUCUGCCCCCCUUGCUCCCCUCUGGCCCCCUCUGCCCCCCUCUGGCCCCCUCUGCCCCCCUCUGCCCCCCCUGCCCCCCCCUGGCCCCCCCCCUGCCCCCCCCUGCCCCCCUCUGGCCCCCUCUGACCCCCUUGCCUCCCUCUGUCCCCCUUCCCUUCCUCUGUCCCCCUUCCCUUCCACUGUCCCCCUUCCCCACUCUGUACCCCUCUGCCCUCGGUGCCUCCUCUCCCUCCCCUGCCCCUGCCUGCCCCUCGUUGCCUCGCACGAUCCUUGCCUUCUCUCCUCCAUAUUCCUGCUGGGAAUUUCACACGACAACUGCAUGCCACCACGUGUCGCUCUGAAAUGCAUGAUUUCCAUGUGUGCUUGUGCUCCUCCCAACAUGUGCUGUCCCCCCUGCCAUGGCGGCUGUGCAUGCAUGGUGCGCGGCGGGGCAUGGGGGGGUGACAGAUGGUGCCCCCCCGCAUGCUGCGUGCCUGCCAAGCUGACUGCCAUGUGCUGCGUGCCUGCCAAGCUGAGUGCCAUGUGCUGCGUGCCUGCCAAGCUGAGUGCCAUGUGCUGCGUGCCUGCCAAGCUGAGUGCCAUGUGCUGCGUGCCUGCCAAGCUGAGUGCCAUGUGCUGCGUGCCUGCCAAGCUGACUGCCAUGUGCUGCGUGCCUGCCAAGCUGAGUGCCAUGUGCUGCGUGCCUGCCAAGCUGAGUGCCAUGUGCUGCGUGCCUGCCAAGCUGAGUGCCAUGUGCUGCGUGCCUGCCAAGCUGAGUGCCAUGUGCUGCGUGCCUGCCAAGCUGACUGCCAUGUGCUGCGUGCCUGCCAAGCUGACUGCCAUGUGCUGCGUGCCUGCCAAGCUGAGUGCCAUGUGCUGCGUGCCUGCCAAGCUGAGUGCCAUAUACGAGUGGGAGGGCGAGGGCAGCGAGGAGGGGGCAGCAGCGGGCAGUGUGCAGAUGCGGGUGACGGCGACGAGUGUGGUGAACGUCAACGUCACGGCCACCAGUGUGGACGCCCUCACUGCCGCCACCCACGGGUGGAGCAAGCUGGUGCAGCACGAGGCUGAUGCCAGGCGCGCCCUGCUGCAGGUCAGGCACGCCUGGGGCUGUGCUCUGUGCAUUCAGCCGUGGGUGUGCAUGCAGUCGUUUGUGCAGCCAUGUGUUCAUGCGGCUGGGGCAUCACCAGCCCCAUGGUCAUCAGCAGCAGCAGCGGCAGCAGCGAGCGUUGGGGAGGGAAUGGAGGAGGGAGGGGAGGAGGGGGGAGUGGCAGUGGACAGGGAGGACGCGCUACGAGUGCUCGUGGACAACCGCCUGGGAGCGCCUCUCUACGCUCGCUCCGCCAAGGAUGCCUUCGCCCAUCUCUACACACUGCCGCCCGCCCACACGUCGUCCGUGCCGCUGCCGCCCUUCCAGUUCCCCGACAUGCUGCGCCCCUCCGCCACUGCGGGUGUGGGCGGCAAGCGCCGGCGUAGCACACGGCGCUUCAUGGCUCUGCGCCUCAUUGAGGGGCUGGUGAGUACGGCGGGGCUGGUGAGGCGGCAUGGUGGGCAUGGUGAAGCGGCAGUGCGUGUAUGUUUGCCCGGUGGUGGGCUGCUCAUUGGACCCACUCCCCACAGUCCUUCCCCCUUGGUCCUUGCUUGCUCAAGUCAUCCCCCACCGUGCACACCUGCCAUCUCCUCGUGCCGUCUUCCCACAUGCCCAUGCCUGCGUGGAUCGCUGCAGGACCUACCGGGGAGCGAGCUGAACGGGGAGGACUUCAUCUGCAAGCUGCGAGUGGCAGAGGCGGGCGCCCAGCCGCUGGCCAAGGGGCAGCAGCUGCCGCAGACUGCACGCUCGCGCGCCAUCCGCCCCGCAGGGGGGCUGGCAUGCCCGCAUGGGCGCGAGGGCAUGGGGAGCGCCAUGCCGCUUGGAGGGGCGCAGGCCGGAGCGGGAGAAGGGACCGAGGGCAGGAGAGCGAAGCUGUGGCGCGUGCAGUGGAACGAGGUGUUUGUGUUUGAAGUGCCGGCACAGCAUAUAUUUGCAUAUGCUCGUGCACACGUGCAUGCUGGGCCUCCCCUCUCCUGCCCACCUGCCUGCAUGCUGCUGUGCGCUCAUGUCUCCCUGCAUGCUGCUGUGCGCUCAUGUCUCCCUGCAUGCUGCUGUGCGCUCAUGUCUCCCUGCAUGCUGCUGUGCGCUCAUGUCUCCCUGCAUGCUGCUGUGCGCUCAUGUCUCCCUGCAUGCUGCUGUGCGCUCAUGUCUCCCUGCAUGCUGCUGUGCGCUCAUGUCUCCCUGCAUGCUGCUGUGCGCUCAUGUCUCCCUGCAUGCUGCUGUGCGCUCAUGUCUCCCUGCAUGCUGCUGUGCGCUCAUGUCUCCCUGCAUGCUGCUGUGCGCUCAUGUCUCCCUGCAUGCUGCUGUGCGCUCAUGUCUCCCUGCAUGCUGCUGUGCGCUCAUGUCUCCCUGCAUGCUGCUGUGCGCUCAUGUCUCCCUGCAUGCUGCUGUGCGCUCAUGUCUCCCUGCAUGCUGCUGUGCGCUCAUGUCUCCCUGCAUGCUGCUGUGCGCUCAUGUCUCCCUGCAUGCUGCUGUGCGCUCAUGUCUCCCUGCAUGCUGCUGUGCGCUCAUGUCUCCCUGCAUGCUUCUAAGGAGUCGCGGCUGGAGGUGGUGGUGAGCAACCAGGCGGCCAACGCGGGGAGAGGGGCCACGGUGGGCACAGCGGCUGUGCCCAUGACUGCUGCUGCCGCGCCCACCCUCUCCGACUGGGCUGCCGUCACCGACGCCCUCGGCAUCGGCGGCCUCCACCCCGCCUCUCAAGCCACGCAGCACACCCUGGCCUCUCCUCGCCUGCGCAUUGCAGCGGUGUUCUUCACAGUGGGCCCCAGCGGCCAUCUGCUGGCCCACCAGCAGCAGCAAGAGCGGGCGGUAGUGGAGGCGGGGCAGGAGCAGCCGGACUGUUUGAUCCAGCUGGCAUGCCGCCCGGACGGCGAGUGGUGUUGGGUUCGGUCCAUGGCGGGCAUCAUGACGCUCGCGCUCGCCCUCGAGGGGCGGCCAGUGGCGGCGGAGCUGGGCGUGCGGGGGGGCCUCAAGUGCGUCACGCUGCGCUCGCUCGUGCUGCUGCGCAACGCCACGGACGUGCCGGUGGACGUGUGUGUGUGCCCGUUCGUGCUGCUGGACUUUGCAGACGAGGACGCGGAGGAGGAGGUGGAGGAGGAGAUGUAUGAGAACCAGCGGUACCAGCCCAUGCUGGGGUGGGGCUCACUGUGGCCCGGCCACCUCAUGCCUGGCGACCCCGCACGCUUUUCUGCACUGGACCUCUCCCAUGCAUGCCAGGACCUGCCAGAGGCGUGUCCACGUGGGUGGGCGUGGGUGGGUGCAUGGCAGCGUGACCAGGCAGCACCGGGCGACAUGGAGGGGUGGGUGUACGCGCCGGACUUCCGCUCGCUGGCGUCGCCCGACGCGCUGGCCAACGUGGCGCGGAGCAAGGGCCCCUUUGACUUUGUGCGCCGCCGCCGCUUCACGCGCACACGGCGCCGCCUGCCACGACCGUCGGGCGCACCCAAGGAGCACGUGCGCACGGCGCUGGGGACGCUGCCUCCCGGUGACUCCCUGUCGCUGCCCUGGGGCUGCCUCUCCCCUGGCUCUGACUGGUGCCUGCAGGUUCGGCCCCAGGCUGCUGCAGGUUCGGCAGGUAGCAGCAAAGGGAGUGAGAGGUAUGGGUGGAGCCGGCUGGUGCCUGGGGCAUGGGGCAACAAUGGUGGGGAGGGGAGUGCAGGAGCGGCGAGCAGGGCAGAGGCGGCGAGGCGGCAGCAGCUGGCGACGGCGUUUGUGCUGCCGGACCUGAUGAGGGCGGCGUCGUGGGAGAAGGGCGGCAAGCGCGAGGAGCUGCUGCAGUGCCGCGGCAUGCGCGGGUGCUGGUGGUUCUGCCUGGAGGCGGACGGCGUGAAGCUGCAGGGCGGCGAGGGCAUGGGGGCGGCGGGGGUGGUGGACUGGCGGGUGACGCUGCGGGCGCCAGUGCAGCUGGAGAACCGGCUGCCGUGCAGCGCGGAGUACUUGGUGUGGGAGAAGCCCAGCACCGGCGCAACCCACGCAGCGGGCAGCACGGCGGGCGUGGGGGGGGCAUCACGGUCGGUGGCGCGGCAGCACGGCGUGGUGGGGGCGGGCGAGGCGGUGCAUGCAUACACCAUCGACAUCCGCUGCCCCAUGCUGCUCACCUGGCUGCCUCAGGGCGGGUGGAAGCAGGAGAAGGUCCGUGCAGCGCCGCAGCCCCUGCUGCUGCGGGCUGUUGUGUGCCCAUUGGUUUUGCCUUUAUGUGCCUUAGUCCACGUGCCUUGUUGCGCCCUUCCCUGUGUGCUCUUUGCGUUGCACUCUGCCCACACCACACCACACUGGCGCGUGAAUGUGCCCCACAUGCGUUGCACAUGUUUCCCCCCUUGUGUGAGAGCACAGGACGCGGUGCUGCUGUCGGACCCGCUCACCCACGAGGUGGCGGGGGGCUUCUGGAUGACCAACGUGCAGAACAAGCGGCGGCUGCAUGUGAAUCUGGAGGUGAGUGGCGGGGCAUCAGAGGCAUCAGCGCGGGUGGUGAGGGUGUUUGUGCCCUUCUGGCUCGCCAACCACUCCUCCAUGCCCCUCGCCUGCCGCAUCGUUGAGAUCGAGCCCCCCCCGGGCGCCACGGCAGCAGCGGCGGCGGCAGCGGAGUCGCUGUGGCAGAUGCCCACGCGCCCGCUCUCCUCGCGCGCGCUCAGCCUCGCCGGCUCCACCCGUGAGCCGGUGGCGGCGGCACCGGCAGGAGUGGUGGCGGGGGCGAGCAAGGUGGUGCGCAGCCUGGAGGACAUCGAGGAGGCGCCGCAGCAGCAGGCGGUGAUGCUGUCGCUGCCGUCGGUGGCCAACGUGGGGCUGGCCGUGGCGCUCUCCAAGAACGGCGUCUUCAGCUCCGCCAUCCCCCUCACCGCCUUCCAGGACAAGGUGCCCUCACCCUCACCGCCUUCCAGGACAAGGUGCCCUCACCCUCACCGCCUUCCAGGACAAGGUGCCCGCUCCCUCUCCCAUCUCACACAAAAGACUAUUCUGACAAGUGGUGGAUGCUCUGCAGCUGUUCUUGCCCAAGUGGUGCCAGCAUGGCAACGCCCUAUUACACUUCCCUCUAAACACCAUAUGUGCUUACUCCCCCCUCCCUCCACUCGUUUCUUGUUUUCAUCUGCCCAACUCUCUCCACCCCUCGCUCGUCCCUGCGCCAUGCGUGUCCCUCAUGGGGGGGUGCAGAUGGAGCGGGCGGACCUCAAGGCGGUGGAUGCGGCAGGCAGCUAUCUGCGCCUCUCGCUGUCCCUCGACAUGUCCUCGCUGCGCUAUGAAGGCACCAAGCUCCUCUUUCCAUGUCAAUCCGCAACCCUGUCUCGCCCGCCCGCCUCCCGUGCCCCUCUCAGGAUAGAGAACCGGUCGCAGCUGUUUCCAGUGCGGUACCGGCAGGCGGGGGCGGGGGACGAGGCGUGGGAGGCGCUGGCGGUGGGGGCGGCCAAGUCGUUUGCGUGGGAGGACGGCCGCGGGCUGCGCCUGCUGGAGCUCAUGGUUGACGGCGCGCACUCCUCCACGGCGCGCCGCGUGGCCAUCGACGACCCCGCUGUGCUCGAGCCCGCCACCAACGCCUCCGGCCGCCCCGUGGCGCCGCUGCUCGUCACUGUCGCCAGGGAGCCCGCGCCGUCGGGCGGGGGGUGUGUGAUGCGCGUGUGCCUGCACGACUGGCGCCCUUCCGACCCCUCCCUCGUCCAGCUCGCCCUCUCUCUCACGCCCUCCUCCCUUCUCACUGCCCCUCCUCCUGCCCUCACGGUGGGGAGCGAGGGGUCCAGCGCAGUGGCGACAGCAGAGGGGGCGGGGGGUGGAGGGGAGCGGCGGGUGGUGGUGGUGGUGGAGGUGGAGGAGUGUGGCGUGUCGGUGGUGGACGCCACCCCCGAGGAGCUGCUCUACAUCUCCAUGACCGGCGCCCUCCUCUCCCUCGACUCCUCCACCCCCUCCUCCGCGCGCCCAGGCACCUCGGGGGGAAGUGGGUCGGGUGGGGUGAGCCGGGUGAAGCUGCAGGUGGGGCACUUGCAGAUUGACAACCAGCUGGCGGUGACGGCCAUGCCCGUGUUGCUGGCACCUGAGGAUCCACCUGGGGUGGUGCAGCCGUACGUGCUGAAGAUCACUGUGGCCAUGCGCCGGGCACGGGAUGAGGAUGAGCAGUCCUUCCCUUACAUCGGCCUGCAGUGCGCACCUCCACCCCACCCGUUCGUCCGUGCAUGCAUUCGCGUGGGCAUGGGCAGGCUGCUGAACAUCUCGGAGGGGCGGCUGAAGCUGACGCUGGCCAUGUCGCCGCUGCACCGGCCGCGUUACAUGAUGGGCUUCUGGACGUCCGUGCUCACCUCCAUGGGCAACACCGAUGAGAUGCCGGUGAGUGAGAGCGUGGGAGUGACAUGCAGUGGGCGCUCUCUCGUCUCACUCAUCCUCUUCUGUGCGGACCUCAGCCCCAUAUCCCCCUUUCCUCUCCCCCCCUCCCCUUGUGCUGGCCAGAUCCGCCUGUCCCCCCGUGUGCGGGAGGGGGUGGUGUUGCGGCGCAGCCAGGUGUGGGCGGAGGCGUGGCGCAGUGUGAGCAACGACCUGCUGGCGCAGCCGUUCCGCCUGCUGUCGGGGCUGGACGUGCUGGGCAACGCCAGCAGCGUAGUGGGGCAGGUGAGCAAGGCGGUGGCGGGGAUGAGCAUGGACCGCGCCUUCAUCCGCGCGCGCCACAAGCACGACGCCAAGGCCGCCGUGGGGUCGCUGGGAGACGGGCUGCGCGAGGGCGGGGAGGCGCUGGCCAAGGGGCUGUUCCGUGGGGUCACGGGCAUCCUCACCAAGCCCGUGGAGGGCGCAAGGGACGGCGGCGUGGAGGGCUUUGUGGCGGGCGUGGGGCGCGGGCUGAUCGGGGCGGCGGCGCAGCCGGUGAGCGGCGUGCUGGACCUGGUGAGCAAGACCACGGAUGGCGUCAACGCGGAGCGCGCGCGCCUCUCCGCCGCCAUGACCACCAAGCUCGCUCUGCGGCGCCGCCGCCUGCCGCGUGCCAUCCGCGGCGACCACGUGGUGCGGCCGUAUGAUGAGUACGCGGCCAGGGGACAGGCCAUCCUGCAGCUGGCGGAGUGGGGCGCGCUGACGGGCGCGAGCGUGUUUGACAUCCGUGAGAAGGGCAAGUUCGCCCUGAGCGACGCGUAUGAGGACCACUUCCACCUGCCGGCGCGGCGCAUCCUCAUCAUCACCCACCAGCGCACCAUGCUGCUCGAGCAACCGGGCGGGGGAGCGCUGGUGGGGGGGCGCAAGCCGGACCUGACUCGGGAGGCGUGCAGCAUCGUGUGGGCGGUGGCGUGGGGCGAGCUGCUGUCGCUGGAGGUCAUGCGCGGCCGCGAUGAGCCGCCCUCCGCGCCGCCAUCACGGGUGGUGCUGCACCUGCGGGAGUGGUCGGCGGACGUGCGGCUGCUGGACGCCAAGGAGAUCGCGCGUGUGGUGCUGUGCCAGGCAGCCACCGAGCAGGCACAGCAAGUGCGAGACGCCAUCCAGCGCGCCCUCGACCAGUUCGGCCCCGAUCGGGCCACCGUCGCUGCUCAGACACGCAAGCGGCGGCAGGAGAGUCGGCCGUACACGGGGGCAGGGGCGGGGGCGGCAUCAGGGGCAGCGCUGGGGCUGCUGGCGGGGCCAGCGGCGCCGGUGGUGGUGCCAGUGAUGGCCACGUUUGGAGCGCUGGUGGGCGGUGCGGGGCAGGUGAUGCUGGAGGCGGACAGCCACGGCGACCUCGCCUCCCCCUCCUCCCGCCACCGCCCCUCCCUCGCUGCUCCUGCCUCCGGCCCCGCUCGCCCGCGUGCCAUGACGGGCAGAGGCAGCUCGGGGGACGUGGCAGGGGCGGACGUGAAUGGGCCGCCUGCCGUUGUGGUGAAGGCAUUCAAGCUGAUGUGGUGGGACAAGGGAGCGGUGUGGAGCCAGAAGUUUCCCGUCUCCAUCUGGCGCCCCAUCCUGCGCCCCGGGUAUGUGUCGGUGGGGGACGUGGCAACACCGGGGUACGACCAGCCGGUGCGGAGCACCAUCUAUCUCGACUCCGGCGCUGGCAAGUUCGCUCCGCCACUCGGCUUCGAUCUGGUAUGGCGGGACACGGACAGCGGGGCGCGCACGCCGGUGACGAUCUGGGCGCCGAGGGCGCCGGAGGGGUAUGUGGCGGUGGGGUGCGUGGUGGUGCCCGACUACUACGAGCCAGACCGCAGCGCCGUGGCGUGCGUGGCGGCGGGCGUAGUGGGCGCGGCGGAGCUGGGGCGGCUGCCCAUCUGGCGCGACCGCAAGGGCGCUGCGCUGUGGAAGUGCAGCCUGUGGCAGGUGCACAACGCCGCCCGCACCUUCCUUGCACGGCGCGACCAUGAGAGCCCACCACCAGGAAUGGCCUUUGAUGUGAAGGUGGAGGACACACACACAGAUGCACGCAGUGCCACCUCCGUGCAAACAGGGUAG